AUGGGUCUCGUCGUCUCCGCCACCGCCUCCUGCAGCGACCUCUUCGGCCGACGCCGCUCCACGCCUCCGCCUCCGCCUAUCCCGGCCCGUGCGGCUAGCGCCGAGCAACCCAACGACGGCACCAGCACGCCGGAGCCGGAGCUUGUCCGCGUGUUCCGCCGCUUCGACGCGGACGGCGACGGCCGCAUCUCGGCGGACGAGAUGCGCGAGUCCUGCGGCUGCACGGCCGCCGAGGCCGAGGAGAUGGUCGCGGCCGCGGACCGCGACGGGGACGGCUUCAUCAGCCUCGAGGAGCUCGUGGCGCUGUUCCAGGACGGGGACCGGUCCGACGCGCUGCGCGCCGCGUUCGCCGAGUACGACGAGGACGGCGACGGCGUGAUCACGGCCGUGGAGCUGCGCCGCGCCCUGCGGAGGCUGGGCCUCUGCGGGGAGGAGAUGACGGGCGAGCGGUGCGCGGAGAUCGUGGCGGCCGUGGACCGCAACGGCGACGGGGUCAUCUCUUUCGACGAGUUCAAGGCCAUCAGGGCCGUACCGGCAAAUUCGGGGGCCCUGUGCGAAACAAUGGAUUGGGGCCUGGUGGCCUAGUGAAGGAUCAUGAAUACCAAGCGAUACCAGUCGGCUAGCGCGAUAUGAUGUGUGAAAGCACAAAUGUUAGAAGUCACACGAGCGCGAUGUGCUAUGUGAAAACACAAAUGUUAGAAGUCACACGUGUGACUGAUAGUUAAAUCAUCA